GAGACGUACACAGCGGAGUUCGGUCCAUCUCUGCCCGCAGCUUGCUAACCUCGCUGCAAGGCCACUGCGGGAAGAUGGCGACGGAAAAACCGAAACAUGAAGGAAGAGUUAAAAUUGGACAUUACAUUCUCGGAGACACGCUCGGAGUUGGGACGUUUGGAAAGGUUAAAGUGGGCCAACAUGAGCUGACCAAGCACCAAGUGGCAGUAAAGAUUUUGAACAGGCAGAAGAUCCGCAGUUUGGAUGUGGUGGGAAAGAUUCGCCGGGAGAUCCAGAAUCUCAAGCUUUUCAGGCAUCCUCACAUAAUUAAACUGUAUCAGGUUAUCAGCACCCCCACAGAUAUCUUCAUGGUGAUGGAGUAUGUCUCAGGAGGAGAGCUCUUUGAUUACAUCUGCAAAAAUGGAAAGUUGGAUGAAAAGGAGAGUCGCCGGCUGUUCCAGCAGAUUAUUUCAGCAGUAGACUAUUGCCACAGACACAUGGUGGUUCACCGAGACCUCAAGCCUGAAAAUGUGCUGCUUGAUGCCCAUAUGAAUGCCAAGAUUGCUGACUUUGGUUUGUCAAACAUGAUGUCAGAUGGAGAGUUCCUGCGAACAAGCUGUGGUUCUCCAAACUAUGCUGCUCCUGAGGUCAUCUCAGGAAGGUUAUAUGCUGGUCCAGAGGUGGAUAUCUGGAGCAGUGGGGUCAUUCUCUAUGCCUUGUUGUGUGGGACACUUCCCUUCGAUGACGACCAUGUGCCAACACUCUUUAAGAAGAUCUGUGAUGGGAUCUUUUUCACGCCGCAGUAUCUGAACCCUUCAGUAAUAAGCCUCCUUAAACACAUGCUGCAGGUGGACCCCAUGAAAAGAGCCACUAUCAAAGAGAUCCGAGAGGAUGACUGGUUCAAACAGGACCUGCCUAAAUACUUGUUCCCAGAGGACCCCUCCUACAGCAACAACAUGAUUGACGAUGAGGCCCUGAAGGAAGUAUGUGAGAAGUUUGAGUGUACUGAGGAGGAGGUCCUGGCCUGCAUAUACAGUCGCAACCAUCAGGACCCAUUGGCCGUCGCCUACCACCUCAUCAUUGACAAUCGUCGCAUCAUGAGUGAAGCCAAGGAUUUCUACCUGGCAUCGAGCCCUCCCGACUCUUUUCUAGACGACCAGCACCUGACCUCAUCUGGUGCAGCAGUGGCUGGCAUCAUCAAGCCCCACCCUGAGCGUGUACCCUUCCUCUUGGCGGAGACUCCUCCCAGGCCUCGGCACACACUGGACGAAUUGAACCCCCAGAAGUCCAAGCACCAGGGUGUAAGAAGGGCCAAGUGGCACCUGGGUAUCCGCAGUCAGAGUAGACCCAAUGAUAUCAUGUCGGAAGUGUGCCGUGCCAUGAAACAGCUGGAUUAUGAGUGGAAGGUUGUGAAUCCAUAUUAUUUACGUGUGAGAAGGAAGAAUCCUAUUACUGGGAUGCAAACCAAGAUGAGCCUUCAACUCUACCAGGUGGACAGUAGAACCUACCUCCUUGACUUCCGUAGCAUAGACGAUGAUAUGUUGGAGACAAAAUCUGGAACUGCUACCCCUCUCCGCUCUGGGUCUGUGGGCAACUACCGCACCACUAUUAAGAACGAUGUAGAUGGGGCUGACGCUCCACCUACAUCUAGCGUUGUGCACCCCACCAAGGCAGCAGAAGGCUCCUUAGCUUCAUCGUUGACCUCAUCCAUCGACUCAACGGGAGGGGGGGACAACGCGUCUGUCCCUCGACCAGGAAGCCACACCAUCGAGUUCUUUGAGAUGUGCGCAAAUCUUAUUAAACUACUUGCACGAUAACUUGCAAAACAAUCGCUAGCCUUUUUUCCUCUCCGAGUGUCUUUAUAGCAAUAAGCAUGCAACCGAUUCAUGGCUCAAUUCAUCCCAGCUGAGGAUGAAGUGAUUGUCCCAUGGCACUGAUGCAGGUUGAUGUUCCCUUAGCUUAAGGGAUGUAUACCGAGCUGACAGGGGAUGUACGGGGUUAUUGGAAAAGAUGAAUGACAAGCUACUUAAUAGCUAGGACAGAACAACAAUUAGGAAGGGGGGGGGGGUUACAAUAUCCUGAUCAAUUUAAUAGCAAAUGUCCACAUCCCACCUAUACAUAUAUGCGCAAGUGAUUACACUGAAUUUUCUGUACUGUAGCCAGUGAGCACUGCUUUCCAGUACAGAGAUAAAGACCAAGUUUUUGCCUGCACAGAAGGAAGCCACACGUUAAGGGUUGGGUAGUUGGGUGGCAGAGGUAUAGGAUGCAGGAAGCACUUUUGCACAAGUUUCUUUUAUUUCCUGCUGCUCUUGUUUUUCUCUUAGUGGGGAUCAGAGAAGUAGUGCAGAUGUAUCGGGGUGCUGCACUGGCUAUAACUAGGGUUGUCAUGCCCAUCACAUUCAUUGGACUACAAGAAGUGCAAUGACCCCUGUAUUUCUGUCUUGCGUCAGGGAUAAAAGAAUGCUUCAUCAGA